GUUCCUUUCCGGGUCCGUCUCAGUAUCUUCUUGCGUGCUCGUAUUUACUUUGCCUAUGGUUCCGAUUUUCAGAUUUGUGGUCAUAUCCAUUUGAUGAACUUUCAAAUGGGUAUUCACUUUUGAUGCUAUUGUUGGAUUUAGUUGAUGGGUUUGAGUUAUUUUGGGCUGUUUAUUGGUGGGUCUGCCGCUGUGUGUGUAUUUUGCCCAUUGUUUCAAUUUUGAGUCUGUGGCUUUGUUUGUUUGAUUCUUGUUUUGGGGCAUUUGGGGUUAGUGUUUCUUGAACGAAUGGGCUCUUCCUCUUUCUUGUUUCUCGCUGUACCUCCUUUCCAUUUACUUGAAAAUUUAGUUUGCCCAUUUUUCUAUAUUUUUCCAAUUUCUGCAUUUUGUGUCCAUUUAUAGUCUGUUCUUGUCUUGGGAUGGUAUUUUUUUGCUAUUUCUUAUGAUGGUUUUUUGAGAGGUUUAUUUGCGGGGUUUACGUGGCUUGGUUUGAAUGUCAACAGGAGCCAUUGACUCUUGUUUUCCUCUUAACUCUCUGUAUAUGAAUGCCGUCUAUGGCCAUUUACCAGUGUUGUUUUUCCCUGAAAUCUUAAGUUUGCAUCUGUUUGAUUCUUGUUUCAGGAUGGCGUUUAUUUUCAUCUAAAUAUUGCUUUUCUUUUGUGGAUGUUUUUUUUCUUAUAUUCCAUUCCAUGCAUUUUUCAUAAUUUGAAGUUUUAGACUCCUUGCUUUAUUCUUGUUUCAGGAUGGUUAAUGGUGUUUUCUUUUGUCAAACAUUUUGUUCCUUUUGUGGGUUUCUUUCAAUGUCUAUUCCUGUUUACUUUAUUUUGUUUUGAAAUCUUGUUAUUUCCUCUUGAUUCUUGAUUCUUGGUGGUGUUUAAUACUAAAUGUUGCUUUGUACAAGUUCGAUGUUCUUUCCUGGGGCUUGCCCUUCUAUCCAUGUCUUUUCAUUUUGAUAUAUUCAGUCGAUGCCUUGUGCUUGUUGACAUUUGUCUCAUUCAAUCUCUUUGCCACUUUAUUUGGGAAUUUUUGUAUUUAAAUUUUAAGCACCUGGAAAAUGGAAUUUAUUGGUUCCCUCUUAUAUUCCCUUCUAUUCUCCUAUGAUGGAAGUGCUGUCAAACUAUUUCAGGAAUAUUGUGCCAAGGGUUCCACAAGUGGGGUCACUUGGUUGUCUUUCAGUCCCUUUUUCCAUUCAAAGCAUAGCUAUUUAAUGAAUCUGAAGAUCGUUCUUUUGAGUUGUAAUUCUGAAAAUUGUGAUUCUGGCUAGCUUUGAUGGGAAGCAACGAUGAUGGUCAGCUUUUAUUGCACAUGUUCUCUUCUACUGCGACUCUUUGGUGCUAAUAUGCUUCAGCUAUUACUAUGUUGCUUGGAGUUGAACCAUGGGCUUAGUUAUAGUUAUAUAUUUAAAUUCUUUUCACUUUCCACUUAUUACGAGAUUUGGUUGGUUCUUCAACAAUGUUGCAUAGCAUCUUGUUGUCAAACGGUGCAGGCCACCACUGUGUCAAGUGACUGUUGUUAGAAACAAUUCUCAACAUUCGAAACUUCAUUGAUAAAGGAAAACAUGUUUGUGGAGGAUUUAUUACGUUUCAGUACUAGCUUGUAGGUGAUAACAUGCUUCAGUCAUGGCUAUGAUAUUUGUUCAGAAAUUAUUUUUUGAUGGGUAAAUUUCCAUUGAAUUAAUAGCUCCUAACAAAGGAGUGCACUAAAGUAUACAUAGUGUAUACAAAGGCACUAAAAGGUCAUACCAAGCGGAGGGAUACACAAAAAAACAACUCUCACCUGCAACAUCGAGCUCAGCAAAUCAAUGAGUGAGAGAGGGAAGUAUUAUGCACUAGAUCUUGGAGGUACAAAUUUCAGGGUCUUGCAGAUUCAGCUAGGAGGUAAAACGUCCUCAAUUCUUUCAUGUGAUGUAGAACGCCAACCCAUUCCACAAGAUUUAAUGACCAGCACAAGCGAGGAUCUCUUUGAUUUUAUUGCUUCAUCACUUAAGCAAUUUGUUGAAAGGGAAGCACAAAAUUCAGAGUUUUCACCUGUUAAAAGAAGGGAACUUGGCUUUACAUUCUCUUUUCCUGUGAAGCAAACAUCUGUUUCAUCAGGCAUUCUAAUUAAAUGGACAAAAAGAUUUUCCGUCAAAGACAUGGUUGGAAAAGAUGUGUCUGAAUGUUUACAACAUGCAAUGACAAGAAAUGGACUAGAUAUGCGAGUAGCAGUUCUGGUAAAUGAUACUGUGGGGACAUUAGCUCUUGGACAUUAUAAUGAUCCAGACACUGUUGCUGCAGUGAUAAUUGGGACAGGUACAAAUGCCUGCUAUUUGGAACGGACAGAUGCUAUUAUUAAGUGUCAGGGCCUUCUUACAACUUCUGGAGGCAUGGUUGUCAACAUGGAAUGGGGAAAUUUCUGGUCAUCACAUUUGCCAAGAACAUCUUACGAUAUUGAUUUAGAUGGUGAUAGUCCUAAUCCAAAUGAUCAGGGUUUUGAGAAAAUGAUAUCAGGGAUGUACUUGGGUGACAUUGUGAGGAGAGUUAUUCUCAGAAUGUCACAGGAGUCAGACAUUUUUGGACCUGUUUCUUCUAGGUUAUCUAUGCCCUUUAUUUUGAGUACACCAUCAAUGGCUGACAUGCAUGCGGAUGAGUCCCCCGAAUUGAUGGAAGUCGCAAGAAUCUUGAAAGAGGACCUGCAGAUUCCUGAUGUCCCUUUAAAGGUGAGAAAGCUCGUCGUAAAGGUGUGUGAUGUAGUGACCCGCAGGGCUGCCCGAUUGGCAGCCGCAGGCAUUGUUGGGAUCCUGAAGAAGAUUGGGAGGGAUGGCAGUGGUGGCGUUGCAAGCGGAAGGAGUCGUGGAAGUGAUGGUAAGAUGAGAAGAACGGUGGUAGCAAUGGAUGGGAGUUUGUAUACAAGAUAUACAAUGUUCAAAGAAUACUUGCAUGAAGCCUUGUGUGAAAUCUUAGGUGAAGAGGUUGCCCAAUAUGUGAUUCUAAAGGUGACAGAAGAUGGAUCAGGCAUUGGAGCGGCUCUCCUUGCUGCUUCACAUUCUUCACAUUCAUCAUCAUCAUCAUCAUCAUCAUCAUCGUCAUCUUCUAGUGUUGUUGAUAGUCAAAGGUUGCCAUAAAUAUAUAUAUCUAUAUAUAUAUAUAUAAAUAUAUAUAUAUAUAUAUAUAUAAUAUGAUUUAUAUAUAUAUUUAUAAAGCCCCCUUGUAAAAUAUAGAAUUCAUUUUCCAUAUCUCAUAUAUCCAUAUAAGAAAAUUUCUGGUGUUGUGCAGAAACCUUGUUGGUUUUUUGUUUAAUCCUUGUUACAUCUCUCAAUACCUGAGGGGAAGUUUGUCCUGUUGCUCUGUAGUCUUCAAAGAGAUAAAACUCAGCAAUUUUCAUAAGCUUCACUAAUUCAUUUGGGCUAUCAAGCCAAAAGCGCUUCCAAUCCUCA